CGCACACAGCCAGCAAGCAAUGUCACCAACAGCGAAAACAAAUUGCCCGCUGCGCUGCGGGAGAGCCAGCGAUAUCUAGUACAUUUGGCUACCAGGACUUCUGUUGUCGCGUCAACUUCUAAAAGCGACAUUGUUCAGGUCGCCCACCCGACGCGGCUAUCAUGAAAGAAGGGUGGCAUGGGUUAUUUUCAGCCGAGUGGCUUGGCAUAUGGGUUCAUACAGGCCCGAAGCUUUUGCUGCUGGCUGUUACCAUUUGGUUCUUUGCUCGCAUUUUUUGGGCGUCUUCAACCCGGCCUCUUCUUCCCGCCACAGUGCCACUCGAUAUCAUCCUCACCAGCGUAUGUGUGACCGCGGGAGGAAGGGCUCGGAAACUUCGGAACGUUUUCCGGCGGUUUGGCGGUCCUUUGUACGGAUUCACCGCGAAGCAUCAAGUAAUCUACAACCCAGACAUUAGCGAGCCGCUCCUGAUCAGCGGCCAGCCCGACCAUGCCCUUGAGACCAGGACAGUCUUGUGGAGCCUUUUCAUGCAUGUCGGAGGGGUCGGCAAGGAGCAGGGCGAGGAAUUGCACAGGACUUGGCAGUCGUCGUACAAGGAUCUUCUGAGUGCCCUCGAGCGCACGUUUUUAAAUGAGCACGGCGCGGCGAAUGCAUUGGCUUCGGGAAACAUCCCAAAGAGAAUGUCGGACCUGGUAUCCUAUGUCGAUGGCAGUGACAAGACGUUACUCAAAGGCUGGGAGCGUACUGCAGGCGUGAAGGUUAUCCGGCCCGACACCGCGGAGCAGCCAGGCAUAGUCGAGGUCGACUUGAUGAAUCUGCUGCGGGACUUUGGAGCCCACCUGGCAAUCUCUCUGCUAUUUGGAGAAAAAUGGCUGGAAGAUUACCCUGAAUGCAUCGAAGACCUCUGGAAGUUUGAGGAGCAAGUACUCUUCCUGAUCCUAGGCUUACCCGGAUGGCUGCCCCUACGGUCCUUCAGGGAGGGCAACGCAGCUCGUACCCGGAUGACAGAGCGGUUGGGCGGGCUCUUCAAGAAGAUUUUAGACUAUCAGGACGGGAAGAUCAGUGUUGACGAGUUAGGCGACGUGCCCGCCGUGUCAUUCAGGCGCAGCGACGUGUUCCGCAAGCACAACGUCGGUCUAUACCACCGCGGCGUAAUCGAAACUAGCCUGCUGCUUGGCCAGAACAGCAACACACAAAGGGCGACCUCGUGGCUUACCAUUUUCAUAUGCUGCAACCCAGGUCUGCUUCAACGGCUCCGCGAUGAGGUGGCCCCGUACGUCAUCAUCGAACGUAACGCCAAAACGAGCCGGCCCGAGAUCACACACUUCGACCACAAGUCCAUUCACCAUAAGUGCCCAAUGCUCAAGUCGGCCCUGUACGAGACGUUCCGCCUCACAAAUGAGGCGACCUCGGUGCGACAUGUGUAUAAAUCAGUUGAGGUCCCUAUGUCUACGAACUCAGAAAAGCCCAAAAUGCGUACCCUCCCGCAGGGAACCUGGGUCACGGCGCUUCAUCACCUCGUCCAGCACGACCCAGCCGUUUUUCCAGACCCAAAGACGUUUAUCGCCGACCGGUUCCUCCAGAUUGAUCCUAUCACAGACGAGAAGGUCGCCCGGUAUGGCUGUAUGAAGCCCUGGGGAGUCGGCUCCGGCAUUUGCCGUGGCCGGACAUAUGCCGAGAAGCAGAUUUUAGCUGUCGCAGCUGCCUUUAUUAGUCUUUAUGAUGUUCAGUCUGUGGAUGGUAUGGGAGGUAGGAUGGAAGUCCCCCAGGGUUUGCCAGGCUCAGGGACCAAAGUGCCCAAAGGAGGCAUCAGAGUGAGGUUGAGUAGAAGGCAACUCGACUGACCGAGGCCGCAUUUCAAUGCGAACGGCAAACCCGGCCUAGAAAAGUGAAGUGCUCUUGCGGGAGCCUGUGUUGAGUGUCUGUGCCGUAGUGUGCCGUAGUGUGCCGUAGUGACCUCUGCGUAGUGAAUACAGAAGUCCCGGCCAAGUCUAGACCAUUGGAAUAUACAUGC